AUGGAGAAAGUUUUCUUCAAGGACUGGGAGCUGUGGCAGCAGAUGACCUUCGUCCUCGCCUGCGCCAUCGUCAUCGUCUUUAUCAUCGGUUUCAUCAAACUAUGGUGGACAAAUCGCUACAUGGCGAGGAUCGAAAUCAUCGACGCCGAGAAGCGAGCACAUGCCUCUGAGAUGGAAUCGACCGGCCUUCCUCCCCCGCGAAAACAAUCAGACAUUCCCUUUGGAGUUCGCGCCAUUCAAUCUGGCAUUGAGGUCGACGGUAUCUGGAUCUCUCGUCCUGGUACUCCUGCCAGUGACUCUCCUCCGAGUUCAUCCAAGGGCAAGGGCAAGUACGUCGCCCAGGGACCCAUCGAGCCAUCCUCUCCCACCGACUCCGAUCCUUUCAACUCUCCGACAUCGUCCACAUCUCGUGGCAACUACGGCCCGCAGACGUACCGACCUAAGUCCAUGUCUUCGACGAACCGUGUCGUCAACAGUCAGGCCGAUGCUCUCAGGCGUCUUGAGGGUGAGCCCACUGCUGCUGUCAACUACCAGCAUUACCAACCUCAGCCCCGAGGAAUUAUGCAUGACGAUCAGUACGGCCCUACCGACCGCAUCUCGACCGACUACGGCGUCGACGUCAGGGUUCCUAUUCGCCCGCCGCCUGUCAACCGCCAUCUGAACAACGCUCGCACUGGUGGAAGCUCCAACGCUCCCAAGACGACUGGCCACGGCGUUCGUUCCUUCAGCGGCAGUCUUCAGAUUCCCAAGCAGGGUUACUCCAACGUCCCCCAGGGUUCUCCUGGUGACCACUUCAGCGACCCCUUCGCGACCCCGAGUCGCUCGCCGGUCACCACUCCUGGUGCCGACCAUGCUCUUUUGCACUCCCAACAUCAGCAGCACCAUGUUACAUUCGCGCCAGAUGAGUACAUACACGAGGAGGACCACCACCAUGCCCACUACGGCAGCAGCGGCAGCCCCAGCGGCAGCAGCAGAAGCAGUCAGUGA